AUUCGAGAAAUCUGACUCAUACAAUGGAGAACUUCGUGGCUGCUGAUUUGAGUAUCCCAAUGAAUACCAACGCGAAUGUUAUUGUACUGAAUGAACCGUAUUCUUCGAGUCAAACUGUCUGUCCCCGUGCGUCGAUGGCAUAUGACGAAAACUGCGAGCCCACUAUUACACAGCAAACAACUUCACAGAAGAUACAAAAUGUAUCCUUGGUACAACAUGCUAAGCCCUCGGUCAACUCUCAUAUGAUCGAAGCAACGCUUAUUCAUCCACAAGCAUCUGCUUUAUUGCCCGUGCAACACAACACCAAUUCUUGCACCUUAACGUCUCAAGUCAACCAAAUUCAUGUUCCUGCGGAUCAGUUGCCAACAUCCAGUAAAAUCAUCAGAGGUACAUCACCUGAACAAACAGUGUUGGGUGACGGAAAGGGUUAUUUACAGGACGAAAAUAUGUUUUAUCAGUAUGCAGACGAGAACAACACAUCAGCCUUACAAAUAACAGGGUCGAUGAGCUACGAGCAAAUGAAAGCAGAUCUUAAAGUGUUCAUCGAAACGACUGUCACAAAAUCUGUCGAGAAAGCUUUUGAAACUAACUUCGCGCGUUAUGCUGCUCUGUCUGAUAUUGAAGCAAGGGAGAACUCCGCCAAGUCCGAAGAUGACAUCGUCGAAAAUCACACGCUCAUAAAUAACGAGGAUGAGCUCAGCAAAUGGAACAUCAAGCUGAAUAGCAGACACCUACGUCAACGCUUUUUGGAAUAUUUCUCAAAAAUCAUAAUUCCAAACGCAUACAUCCAGAAAGGCGACAAUGCAUGUUAUACUGUAGUUGAUUGUCUUUUCACACGUGAUUUUUGGACAAAGAUGACAUGGACAGGAAUCAGCCGGGGCAAUAAGGCUAAGAGAGGCUUCCGUGAAUACGGUAAUGUCAUUCAAUUAUUGGGCGAUAUAGUGCGAAUUGGUGAUCCGUCGUACACAGCACAGAAAUUAGAGCUGUUCUGCCGAAAUAAACUCUUUCGUUACUGUAAACCACGAUCUACGUGCCAGAAACUUCGGAAAUCGGCAUGCAGACCGAAACGCUCUCGUAAAGCAGCUGCAAUAUCUGCAGGUGAUGGACACAAUACAGACCACGAAGAUCCACCUUCAUCUGAUGAUGAUGAACGAAUGGUUGGAGAUGAAAGCAACUUUGAGUCUGAUGACGAAGAAUGUGAUGGAAAUACUUCGAUGGAUUCAGAUUAACUUCAGAUUCGAGUCUGCUCUUUUCUAAUUAAAUAUUAUAAGCAUUAUACCUAAGGACGUUGGU